AUGAUUUAUUCCUUCAUUAUUGUUCUUCUCAGUGUCAUAGCUCAAGGGAAGUCACAGAUAUGUGACGGUGUAGCUCAAUAUGACCGAUGCUCAACGAAUAGUGCUUGUGGCUGUUUUCAUACGGCAGAUGCGGAUACUACUGGUGUUUGUGGUCUUCUCGCAAUGUUUUGUUCUAACCUAAUACCAUGUAAUGGUGCAAAUAACACAUGUCACCAGCCCGGCACUAUUUGUGUUCAUCAUCGUCGAUGUUCUGAUCGUCCUGUUUGCUACCCAAUAUCAAUGAGUGAUCAACGAAUAUGUCCACCAAUGGUGAAAACGACAAGUGCUUCAACUACAACGGUGAUCUCAACAACAUCUAACAAUCAGCAAUUAGAAUGGAAAAUAGCUGGGGAAAUGAGUCAAGAACGAAUCCGUCAUACAGCAACUAUGUUGCCCAAUGGCAAAGUUUUAGUAACUGGUGGAUUCAACAAUUUGAAUACUCGAAGGUCAACUGAAUUGUACGAUCCAUCGUCAGAAACUUGGUUACCUAAUCCUAGUUUGAAAUAUGAACGAUCAACACACACAGCAACAUUAUUAACAAAUGGGAAAGUAUUAAUUGCGGGUGGACGCGAUGAUUUUAGUUUUCCAAAUGCAAGUGAGUUGUAUGACCCAUCAAAAAGCACAUGGACAGUGUCCGGUCACAUGAUACGAGUACGACAAUACCACACAGCAUCGCUAUUAAAGAAUGGAAAAGUAUUAGUUGCUGGUGGGUACAGAAGUGGUAAUGGCUUACUUACAGCUGAGUUGUAUGAUCCUCAAACAGGAAAUUGGGCCACUACUGGUAAUAUGAGUUAUGCACGUGCAGAACAUACGGCAUCCGUGUUAAGAAACGGACAAGUUUUAGUUACCGGUGGACAUAAUGGUAGCGCUUAUCUAAAAAGUGUUGAAUUGUAUGAUCCUGAUACAGAAGCGUGGACACUUAUCGAUAAUAUGAAUUAUGCAAGAAAAAGCCAUACUGCAACUACGUUAAUAGAUGGGAAAAUAUUAAUCGUUGGGGGGAGCAACAAAAGUGAGACUGUUCAUUAUAAUGCGGAAUUAUUUGACCCUGAAGCUGGUAAAUGGACAAGUACUGGUGACAUGAAUUAUGGCCGAUUAGGACAUGCAUCCGUUCUAUUGAAAAGUGGCCAAGUAUUAGUUGCUGGCGGAUAUGGAUAUCGUCCCGAUAAGAAAGUUCGUCUUUUUAAUCGUACGGAAAUAUAUGAUCCUGAAACAGAAUCUUGGACAAUUACAAGUGACUUGAACUCUGUACUUGGCACUCACGCAGCAUUUCUGUUAACAGACGGAAGAGUAUUGACUGUUGGUGGAAAGUAUAGCGAGAUUUUAAACAUGACAGAAUGA